CAAGACGCGUAGGGCAUUGUCGUCGCGCCGCCGCCGUCGCCGCCGUCGUCGCCGUCCCACCGCCGAGAGAUCCCUUCCGGCCGUUGGUGAGAGAGCCUUUGGUGGCCAACGUUUAGCGCGCGAGUGCCUCCUGCACGUCGGGACGCCGGGCGUCCCCCCGAGAAGCAGAACGAUCGGUCGAGUGGUCGGUGUCGCGCGCACACGACACCGUUGGAGCUCCCGCGCCCCGAGGGAGAGUGAGUGGCGGCCGCCAGACCAGAGGGAAGCCGCCAGGCGCGCGUCCGCUCCGCGCGCGGAAUCGUGCGUGCGAGUCGCGCUGCUGCCGCGUGCAACCCGUCACGAGAGAGGCAAGGAGAAGAUAAAAGAUGUCGGGCUCGCAGCGUGUACGAAAGUCCUCGCCAUGCUCGAAGCAGGGCCCGAUGCGCGCCACCCUGCCCGUGAGCUCGCUGCUGAGGCAGGGCCGGCAGGGCAGCAACCUCCGCAAGAGCAACAGCAACAGCCCCACCGUCUCGCCGACGAACGCGGCAGCCUGGCGAGCGCGCAUCUCGCCGGAGACGUCGUCUUCCUCGGGACAGCGGAGCCCCGGGUCCCUAUCCUACAAAGCCAAAUCAAAAACAUUGAGCGGCCGCUGUAGUGAUGGCUUGAGCGGAGGUCAGAGCAUUCGGCGAACAGCGUCGCUGGACACCAUCUAUUUGAAAGGACAAUGGCCACGUGAUCCUUAUAUGCAUUCCAGUCUUCUGGUAGAUAAAUCUACUCAGACAGAGGAAUGGUUCAACGAACCAAGAAAGAUGCAUCCCACCCGUCACCCCACAGAGCAAACGGUCACUGAUGAAAAAUUGGAGAAGAAUUAUUUCAGGCAUCGGUAUGUAUCUUUUAUCUUUCUUGUCCUUUAUCGAAAAAUUCACAAAAUGUUUCGCAAAUUUCGUAUAUAUUUUAUACCACUUUAUACUCAUCGUAGAUUACAACGUACAAAUAAGGAAGGUACUAGCAGUAGAGAGCGGACAGCGGCAUUCGGAUUAAUAAUGCCAGCUGGUCCACCACCAGCACUUCCCGGAGAUCAUUCAGUGCUUCUGCCCAGUAUUGCUUCACAAACAUCCAUGCACAAUCAAUUUAGUUUGAGUACAAAAGCGAGUCCCAUGAAUAUUCCGGUGAAACCAAUGAGGCCUCCGAUGCGUUCGUCUAUUGAGGGACUCAACCAAGAAAUUGAAGGACUUGUGCUCAAAAAUACAGCCAAUAAUAGCGAUGCAGACCAUCCAGUAGAAGACAAGUACGCACGAUAUCGCGAGCAAAUCACACCCGAAGGACAUCGCGCUCCUCUAGCAGACCUAUUGCGAGCCACCAGGAGUGUCAAUACGCAAACGCCGGCAACCGACCUUCCCUCCAGUUCUUAUUCUUCAGGCCCUCCAUCUAGGAAUUCUGAGUCUCCGCUGAUUCCUGGUGUUAUGGAUGCGUCCCGUCCGCCUAGCGAUCUCUUACAAGGUGGAAGUCGUGGUUCAACACCUGAACAGGACAGAGAAGGACGUCUCGGCACCUCUCCUCACAUUAACAGGUUCCUCGCGAGGGAACCGCCCGAUGGCUGUGAGAAAGUCAACCUCAAAUUUGUGGAAGAUGCGAGGCGGCCCAUGAUAGAUUUGAGCAAACUAGACUAUUGCCCAAAGCCGUGCGUUCCAGCAUUCCAGUUGAAACCCAGCUUGGGAUCAGCGUUCCUGCCAUUGCAACAGCCGGCCAGUCCGACGAUGGUCGCCAGUGCAUCACCCUCCGCGCAUACAACACCGACCACACCUCCUCCAAAUCCAUAGUCCCACUCUUUACCUUGCGGUGUUACACUUAUACAUAUAAGCUCGGUUAGUACAUAUACAUAUAUAUAUUUUUUUUUAACGACCUUGUGAGUAGAAAGUGAUUUACUUCGACAUAAAAGCAUAUUACCGACAAGGAAAAGUUACCGAACAAAAAAAGGAAAGAACAGUCUGCUCCCAGUGCGUCCUGUGCGGGCACCGCGCGGGGCAUCGUGGAUCGUGUAAUUAAAAAACGUUGCAAUUGCAUCGAUACAAAAAGAAAAAGAAAAAAAAAUAUUGGAAGCACCGUUAUAAUGUUCGAAACAAUAAUAAAUACGAGGAACAAUAAUUUGUGAUAAUUAAGGGAAAAAGGAAGAAACCAAAAGAAGGAAAAACGGGCGACAACGUUUAGGAAUGAGCACUGUGUUCUACAGGGGGAAAAAAGACUAAUGAAAUUGUGAAUUAUUCUAAAUUUAGUACUAAAGUGUGCUAAACGACUUUAGUUUUGUAUACACGGAUAAAUAUU